AUGAAGGCGUUGGUGAUGUUGAUUGUUUUCGUGGGUGUCGCGUGCGUUUCUAUAGAAAAUGUAGAAAGCUUACCUGUAGAUCAGGAAGAAGCAACAACUGCCGCUCCAAGUGGUUUGACAAAUCUCGAGAAUGAGUUUCGGGAAAUCGCUGGUGAUGGAAAUUACGAAUUCAAGUAUAAGACGAGUGAUGGAUCCGUGCGAGAAGAAGUUGGCAAAGUAAAGCAUUCGUAUUUGCAGGUAGAAGGCAAAUAUGAAUUUAUUGGAGAAGAUGGUGAAAAGUAUGUGAUCAAUUAUGUGGCUGAUUCGAAGGGUUUUCGUCCAGAAGCGACUGUUACUUGA